UGAAGGAGGUGGUCACCCUUGUCACUCCCUCCCCUGCUCAUUUGUCCCAGCACACCCUCCUCUCACCCACCUGCUGCUGUUGUUUUGGUUGCUCUUCCUAAGCAUGCCAGCCAUUGGGCUUUUCUCUUCAGAAAAGAGCCUGGACUCAGUCUUUAGGCCUAAGCUUGGUAUCCGGUGUUUCUCUGAUUUUUCUUCCAGCUAAGACUCCCUCUUCUUCAGCCUGCCUUGUGACUUAGCUUGGUGUAUGGGAUUCACAGUGACCUUGUAAAAAAUAGAAGGCUGACAGGGGGCUUUAUUUUGUCUUUAGUUGCCUGACUUUUUGUGAGUAUAUUGUUCCUUCUGAUUACAAUGCUGUGAGAGACAUGCAAAGCUAUUGUGCAACCUUGUCAUCUCAUAUUUCAGUAGAUAAUUAUUUAAUUUUAUAGAGCAGAAUUUAUAGAAUGGUAUGGGUUGGAAGGAACCCUAAAGAUUAUCCACUUCCAACCUCCCUGCUGUAGGCAGGGACACCUUCCACCAGGUUGUCUAUAGCUCCACUCACCUUGGACACUCCUGGGCUUCUCUAAGCAACCUGUUCCUGUGCCUCACUAUUGUCUGAGUAAAGAAUUUCCUCCUAAUGUCUAAUUUACAUCUACCCUGCUUUAGUUUAAAGCCAUUAAUAUUUCUAUCACUGUGAUCUAGGAAAAAUGCCUUCCUCCAUCUUUCCUGCAGGCCCCAUUUAGGUACUGGAAGGCCACAGUGAGCCUUCUCCAGGCUGAACAAUCCCAGCUCUGUCUGUCUUCACUACAGGAGAGGUGCUUCAGCUAUCUGAUCAUCCUUGUGGCCUUCCUGUUCCAGCAGGUCUGCAUCCUUGUGCUGGAUGCCUCAGACCUGGAUGCAGUACUGCAGAUGGUGUCUCACAAGGGCAGAGCAGAAAGGGACUUCCUUUCCCUGUUGGCCACUCCUGUUUUGAUGCAGCCCAGAAUCCAGCACAGCUGGACCCAUAGGAUUGCUUCCUUUGUGAGAGUAGAUCUGGUUGCAAGAGCUGGAGGCAGGAAACCUCCCCACUACCCUUUGCCUUCUCCAGGAAGCUGCAGGAGGAUUCUGCUCCACGAGGGUCCUGGCCCAGAUCUACGUCUGCCUUGGCUGCUGUGCUCAGAGAAUGGGCAAGCCUCAGACAGCACUUCAGCACCUGAAGCGGGCCCUCCAGGUAGACUUCCAGUGCCAUCCUGCCCUGUCUCACACUGCAGCGGUGUACCAGGAGCUGGGGGAGACAGAUGCAGAGCUGCAGGCCCUAUCUCUACUCUAUGAGGCUCUGGAAAAAAACUCUCCAUCAGCUACUUCCACUAAUCCAUACUUCCUAAUCCAAGCAGAUCUCCUUGUCAACACACAAAUGUUAACUUCUCUCCUUCGCCAUCACCACCCCUCUGAAGUGAAAUACCUGUUGGCACAAAGGUGUCUCCAGGAUGGGAGGGUGGCUGAUGCAGUGGAACAUUACCUGGAUUUUCUGGCUCUGCUGCAGGAGGGACUGCAGCAACAGGUUCCCCUAGAUAGUGGCUCACCUCUGCCUAGGAUCCCUGAGGUGUUCCUGGAAGCAGCAUCUGCCUUGGAGCAAGAUGGAAGGUAUCAGGAUUCAUUAACAGUGUGUGAUGAGGUCAUCAGCAGGACAACUCACCUAAUCCCACAGAUAGUACAAGUUGAGGAGAAGCUGGAACAGCCAGAGCGCGCAUCAAUGGAGACUGGGCUGGCUGGUGGGCUCCUGUCUCAGAAGAGAGAGAGUCUGUUCUGCCUCAUGUGGAGAGCAGCUGCUUACCUGCACCAGGGCUGGGCAUGGACUAAGCUUGGCAAAGGCAAGGAGGCCAUAAUGCAAUUCAGCAGGUGCCUCAACGACCUCUUGCGAUUUCAGCCAUGUGGGCGUGAUGUUGAACCAGCAGAGAGUCUACUGCCAGAAGUGAAGGUUCUCCAGAAGAUCAGGUUGCUUUCUCUGAUUGGGCGUGGGAUACAGUUUUUGGAGCAGGAGAGGCACAAGGAAGCCUUGCUGGAUUUUCAGCAUGGCUUGCAGAUCUCACCAGAUGACACCACUGCUGCCUUCUACCUGGUGCAAGUCCUGUGGAAACUGAACCGAAAACAAGAGGCUGCUGAUUACUGGCAGAAGUACUUGGAGAGCCAUGCUGGGGAAGAUGGGCAGCAGGAAAGGCAAGGAAGGUCCUUCCCUUUGUACCUGGACUCAUGUCUGAAGCAGGCAACCUUUUCAAAGAAUGAAUCUCUUGCUAGAUGCAUACAGGAUUACCUCAGGACCACAAGGCAGGAUUCGUCAAGAUAGUCCAAUCUACUCAUUGCCACCUGCUGAAGUUUUCCAGUUUUGCAGCCUUCCAGGGUGGCAUGAGGUCCUUAAGGACUCCUGCAAGACUCAAAGCAACUUUUGGACGAAGGUGGUUUCCCAAAAGUCUGAAACAGAAGGACAGCCUCAGAUCUAUUUAAUUUAUGUAAAUUCUUCUGGGACUUCUUUUCUCACAGUGAAGAUCAUGGUCUUGAUACUGCUGGCACAGCUGUGAGCCUGAGGAAUAUGUCCUGGGAGUGUGGGAGAUGAGUGGAGAUACCCUUGCUCUUUUGGAGUUAACAUCAGCUGUGCUGCUGUACCAUGAUGAAUCCUGCUCUGUGCUCCCUGCUGCAAGGAGCUGAUGGCAAAGCUGGACAUUCUUAUAAAAUAAAGGGUUGUCAGAUGCCCUGUUUUA